UUGGGGAUUUGUAACAAACCAAUAAUAUUGCAUAUACACUGUGCGAUUUGGAUAUGGUCUUUCUCAUUGGUGUAUUUAAUAUACAUAAACGUUCUUGUUUGUCGCGUCACUAUACUGUUGGUACAAAUUUGGAGGACCUACAGGUUUCGCAACUAGUGCGACAUUUUUGAUUAUCAAGUAGAGUAAAGAAGAAGGAAAAAUCCAGGAGCGAAAUGGCUUCCAUGAAAAAGGUAGCAGCUUUCUUAAUCUACCUUUUAUUCCAAUUUACGUGGAUGACGGUGGCACAGGUUCUGCUUAUAGAGAUAUUUAGUGCAAAGCAAUCGACAGAUUCAAAUGUCUGGUUGGCAAACAUUUUGAUUUUGUUAAUAUAUCCUGAAUUGAUGAUGAUGGGGUAUGAUAUUUGGAUGUCAAAUGUCAUCGCAAUGAAGAGUUACCAAGAGUGGCCAGAAAUUAAAAUUUUGAUAAACGGUGCAGUGAUGUCAAUCAUCGACGCCAUGGCUCUCGGAUUCUUAACAAUCGUUGCCUUUCCUAAGCUCCCCCCAUUGUUACUUUCUGGUAUUUUCUACGUCGGAUUAUCACCAGCGAAUGACUCGUUCAAUGAAAACGGAAAAGACAGGACAUGUUUUUUCAGUGGACGAAAAUGCAUUCUACCUAUAGUCCAAUUUCUUCUCACGAUAUCAAUUACAACUUUGCUUGUUUUAGGCAAUAUAAUGAACACUACAAUUGCGUGUUUCUUUGGUUUGUCUUUAAUUAUGCUAAACUUGACGCGAUCUACGCCUUUGCAAAACCAUAUCUUCAAAACCGAUAACAAACAAGUUCAAAACGCCGGAAUCUUGUAUCGCUUUUUGCGUAUAGUUAUAUUGAUUUUAUCGGUAUAUAUAGCUUUUAUGCAAAAUAACGAAAACCAUGAAACAUCCAUUUCCUUGUUAAACAUUACAAGUGAUGUAACGAUUUUCAAAAUAAGCAUUGUGUGUGCUUGCGUACUUUUAGGUCAAAUUGAUUCAUAUAUUCCUAAACUGAGUUCGCCUAUGGUAAUAAUGACAAUGAUAGGAUAUUUUUGCAUCACACUAACCGUAUCCAUCUUUGUUUUGUGUGUCUAUUUUGUUCACAACAGCUUUAAAGUAUUUGAGAACAUUAAAAGCUUUCCUGUCUCAUUUUCAGUAAACCACGUCGUAUUAUACUCAUGUACUUGCCUGUCUGUUGUUUUGUUCUAUUUUGCAACAUUUCAUGACAUUUAUAAAGGAAAACAUUGUACCAGAAAAUGUGUUCUGGUCUCCUAUGAUAAUGUUUUUUCUUGUCAAAACGUGAUCAUAAAAAUAUUGCGAAAACCGAAGUGCAUCAAAAAGUCUAGGCGUAGUAGGGUAUUUGUCUGCACUACGAUGUACCAGGAGUCGGCCACUGAAAUGAGACGUCUGUUAUGCAGCCUGAAAACAAUUUCGUCAUCAAAAGCGAUAAAAGAUCGCAAAAUAUAUAUUGAGUCUCAUAUUUUUCUUGACAAUGGAGCAAAUGAAAAGAAAGUAAAGAGUUUUGGAAUUCAACUGUUAACGCUCAUUUGCGAAACCUUUAAGAUGGAAGAGAAAUACGAAACUAUAAUUAACACGCCCUAUGGAAUAAGGUUCUCCUGGAAUUUACCGGGACAAGCUCCGCUGUUUCUACACCUUAAAGAUUCUAGCCUUGUUCAAGCCAAAAAAAGAUGGAGUCAAAUAAUGUACAUAAAAUAUAUUCUUCAAUACAGAGAGAAAGAGCUCCAUAUUGUUCAAAAACCAACAAAUCCCGUAAACUCUUUUUACAGCGUGCCUUCAGAUUUAGUUGAUGGGGAAGCUGAUUUCACAUCAAACGUACAGCAAUCAGAAAAUGAUGCAAAAGCACUUGCACACACUGUGAUAUCCAGCAGAUCAAACACGAAGGUCUCGUCUGCAACUCAAUUGGCAGGAAAGGAAGGAAAUGGAAAGUACAGAUCUUUGGACUCAACUGAAUAUUAUUUUUCUAGCAAUCAAAACCAAGAAAUUGUUUUAAGAGUUCCAAGAUGGCAUUUAACGACCAAGAACAGAAGAUCGUCUUUUGACCACAGCUUCAUUUCUCAACAAAAUCCUGCCUCCACACAUAAUUGGGAAGACGCACAUUUUCAAAACAAAUCAAGUGAUAACUUUUCUUAUCCGAGUUUUCAAUCCUCAUUCUUUUACCAAUUUGAGAACCACAAAGAUAUAAAUAACGGAUCAAAACAUCGACAGAAAUGCAUUCAAGGUAAUACAAUGUACCAGGAUUUUAUUUUAGCCACUGAUUCAGAUAUGGCUUUUGAUGACCAAAGCGUCAUAAAUUUACUUGAAACCAUUGAAAAAGACACAAGCAUUGGAGGAGUGUGUGGAAGAACAGUUCCUAUCAGCGUUCAAAGUCAUCCCAUCGUCUGGCUUCAAAAAUUUGAGUAUGCUACAGAUUUUUUGAUGAGCAAAAGUGCUCAGAACAUAAUUGGAUCCGUAAUGUGCUGUCCCGGAUGUUUCAGUCUUUACCGGUUUGAAGCUCUACAUGACUGCAUUGACACUUAUUCUAUGCCAACUUCAUCAGCUUUGGAAGUACUUACGAAAGAUAACGGCGAGGAUAGAUGGAUAUGUACACUCAUGAUGAAAUCAGGGUGGACCUUGAGAUAUUCUUGCCAUGGAUAUAAUACGACUUUCUGUCCAGAAGAAACAGAAGAAUUCAUGAAACAGAGAAGAAGAUGGCUCUUGUCUGAUUUUGCAAACACAGUUAUAGUCGCAGGAAACUUGUUACAUCUAAUGAAGAACAACACUGCCUUCACCGUCGUGUACACGUUAUAUUUCCUACUGCUUUUCAUUGUGCAAAUUCUCUGCCCAGGAACGAUUUUGCUGAUGAUGUCUUUUUUGGUCAAAUUGGUCACUGGAUUUCCAAUCACUGUGAACGCCGCUAUUCUUUCAGCGAUUUGCCUUGCGUACUGCAUCGUUCAAUUAAGUUAUGUGACUUCUUACAAAAAAAUGGUCUUUACCAAACUUAUAAUUUUAGCUAUGGGCAUUCUGACGAUGUAUGUAGUCGUUGCAGCUAGCGUAUACCUUGUCCAGGGGAUUAGCAAAGACGCAGGUUUCUUGUUUAAUUCCACUUCCCACAUCGUGAUGGUGGCUUUGCUUGCAGUUAUUUUCCAACACCUCUACUCGAUAUCCCUGCACCCUUUUGACAUACACUUGUUAUUGGCUGGGAUUGUGUACCUGUUUUAUGUUCCUUUCUUGUUUAUUUUACUUCCGCUGUACGCAGUUUGCAAUAUUGUUGAUCAAACAUGGGGCACAAGAGAUAACGUAAACCAAAAUGUAUCGGUUACAAGGUUUUUACAGUUUCCCAAAUUCAGGAAACGAAAGAGUUCAAAUUUGAAAUAUCGAAGCAAUGCGUUCCAAAAUUCAGCCAUUGAUCUAAAAGAUGUAAACGAAGACGAGGCUCUGUUUUGGCAGAAUCUGGUGACUGACUGUAUAGGGGUUAGCGUCAACAGGGGAAGUUCCCAAGAAGAUCGAACCAAUGGUCUGCGAUCUCUUCGAAAGAGGGCUGUCAUUGGCUACUUAACAGUCAAUUUUCUUUGGAUCGUCAUUUUGAUAGGAACGGAUGAACUGUUGACGAAAUUCCCCACGGAUAGACUUCUAUUCGGUCUAAUUGUGCUUGGUAUUCUAUGUGUACCUAUAUUUAUUCAGAUGCUUGGAAUGACAGUGUAUCGAUGUAGCGAUAUGUUGACGCGGUUUGGACGAUUGAUUUCAUAAUAGUUCCGUAUGAAACAUAUCGUGUAUGUGACAGAACAUGUUGGCGUACUAUGACGUCAUAAAGGUGUGACGUCAUAUACCUUUCCAUGACGUUAUAUAUUUAACCACUUAUACUAUCUCUUACUCUGCUUGUGUAUGACUUAGAUCGUGUAGUUGAUGAGUUGACAUAUACUUUUUCUUUAAUUUUGCUUAAUUGUGUUUUAUCUCUAACGUUGAACUGUUUGUUCUUUACAACCAUAUACAUUGAACACUAUAUCUGUAUUCGAAACAUGUUUAUUAAAUAUUUAAAUUUAG